GGUUCUCAAUUAGGGCAUCGAAAGUUCACGCGAACAGAACCCAGCUUGAAAAACUUCAACUCAUUUUUUUUUACCUGUUUGUAUUUCAUUUUCCUUGUUUUGAAGAUGACCACAGCAGUGGUGUCGCCUUACUUCGAUCUCAGCGAAGUUAUCAACAACAAGAACAACAAAAUGCUGAACUACAACAAUAAUAUAAUCAGUACUUCACACCCCUUGUCUGUUCCCUGUACUGGAGCCAAUCUGCCCAUUUCCACCCCCACUGGGAGCCUGCUGGACAGGAAGGCCGUGGGGACACCAUCUGCGCCCGGAGUAUACCAGCGGCGACAUUCCGUCUCUCUGCCCAAUGCCAAACUUAACCAGAACCAGUUUCUGAACAGCGCCAAGGCUGAUCCCAGCAUGCUCGGCUCUGGCAACAAGGAGAACCGGCUGCGGGACCGCUCUUUCUCUGAGACCGGCGAUCGCCUGCUGCAGAAGUGCACAGGACCCGGAGGCCCCAGCAACAGCCAGGUCAAUUCCAGUCGUUAUAAGACUGAGCUGUGUCGACCUUUUGAGGAGAACGGUGCCUGCAAAUAUGGCGACAAGUGCCAGUUUGCUCAUGGCAUCCACGAGCUGCGCAGCCUGAGUCGCCAUCCUAAGUAUAAGACGGAGCUCUGCCGCACUUUCCACACCAUUGGCUUCUGUCCUUACGGGCCUCGCUGCCACUUUAUUCACAAUGCCGAGGAACGCCGUGGGCCUCCGGCUCCUCCGUCUCCGCUCAGUGCUUCCAACAAGCUGGAGAGGCCGCGACUUCAACACAGCUACAGUUUUGCUGGUUUCUCCAGUUCUGGAGGCCUACAAGACAGCCCAACCUCUGUCACCCCUCCACCCAUCUUCUCUCAAGAUGAGAUCCGAGAGUGGCCUAGCAGCAACCCAUUCACUUACUCCAGUCAGGAGCUAGCCAGUCUCUUUGGCCCCAGCCUGGCAGGCCCUAACUGUGCCACAGAGCCCUCUGUACCUGCUCCGCCCUCUCCAUCCAACACCCCCUACUACUUUAGGCCCAUGUCGGAGUCUCCCCAGCUUUUUGAAUCUCAGUCCAGCCAGCCGGACUCUCUGUCUGACCAGGAGGGCUACCAGAGCAGCUCAGGCGGGAGUCUGAGCGGCUCAGAGUCACCCAUCCUGGACACCACCCGCCGACUGCCCAUCUUCAGCAGGCUGUCCAUCUCUGAUGAUUAGAGUGCACCGAGCCAUCCAUUCACUCUUGCACGUGGCGGCUGUGGUCAGAGAGCACCAGACUCUGGCGCUGUCUCUACCUCCUGCCUGUCCUCCAGCCCUCUAGGGGCAGUAGACUUCCCUCUGCGUAUCAGUUCAGCUUUGACAAAACAUGCAGUGAAUUAAGGGAACUCUUUCUGAUUCUUCUUCUUUUUGACAAGAACAAGCUAGAAGUCCCCUCCCCCCCCUUCCUGGCAGCCUUUUUACCACCUCGGUCUCAUCUCAUAAAGCCCAUGCAAUGUUCUCCAACGUGAUGGUGCCAACAAAAAAGAAGAAAAAAACAGAACAAGAGAUGGAUUAGUGAAAUGGUAACAGAUAAAAGGUAUAGGACUGUUGUACCAGGAGGUGCCAUUGCUGUUUGUCUGGUAACAUGUAGCAUGUAGCAGAGUCAGUGGCAUCCAGGCCAGGGGAUAGUUCUGAGCUGAAGAAGCCCCCCCCCCCCCCCCCCCAACAUUUUACCACACUUCUUUCGGACACUGUCUAAACCAGCUAAAUGGGCUUGCCCGAAUAUGCUUAUUUCAAUUAUAGAUGUUUUUAGCGACCAACAUGAGCAAAAAUGAAAAAAGUGCCUGGGGUUAUUCCACCAUGCUUUUGGGGUGAAUGGACUACUGUGUCUUUUGUUGCAUUGUUUUUGUUGUAGCUUGUUUUGUUUUUUGUAGUGCUAAUUUUGAGCAUAGCCCCUCUCCCUUGUUUAAUAGCAGACUGGGCCAGUCUGCAGGAAGGACUUAACACACAUGAGAGCUGAGAUGAGGAGGCAGCUCUGGAGUCAACCAGGCAUGUUGGCCUCUUCUCCUGGGUGCUACAGUUUCCACAUCUUUCCUGAUAAGCAAUCCAAGACCCCGAGAUCAGAUGCCUUCACUCAAAAUGAACAAUCUUUUUUUUUUUUCCUUCUUCCCCGUGGUUUCUCCGUUGUUGCUGGUCACUUGCUGUUAGUUGGGAAGGGAAUCUUUACGUCUAAGUGGUUAUUAAACCUUCAAGACUUGCUUUUUUUCUUCACCCUACUCUAAAUCCCCCUCCCCUCAGGCUGAUGAGCAGAUGGAGGGGAAUUCCAGCAAUCCCAUGGUGCCGCUGGACUUCCUGCAAUUUAACUUCAGAUCCCCAAGCUAGAGUGCUUUUCCACAGAAUCUGCUCAGAGGAGCACUUUCCAAUUUCAUUACAUCUCUCUGCCUCUUUACUUUGUUUUGACUUAUUUUUAUUAUUGUCAUUAUUAUUAUGGUUAUUAUUGUUUGAAAAAAAAACUUUCAAAAAGGAAAGUUUUGCUUGUCACUGCUUAUUUAACUUAUCAAAAAACAUAUUUAUUGGUGAUCAUAUGCAUUUUUUGUUAAUUUUGUUCGUAUUUAUCUUGAUAAUGAAACGAUAGAAUAUAUUUUCUUUUAUGUUAAAUUAUGAUCUUCCGUAUUAAUCUAAAGAUUGUGAAGACUUGUCAACUUCCUUUUUUUUCCACAGUUUAAUAUAUUGUACUACAAUGACUUUUGUUUGCAACUACACUUUGAUAAAAAUGAAACUUAAUUUAAAGUGAAAGAAAAAAA